AAAUUGACGUGAAAGAAAUAAUGUCAGACGGUCAAUCUCAAUCUCAUUUUGGUUGAAAAUCUGCUAUUUGGAAGUUUCAGAAGUAAAACAGACAGUCUCCUACUUAAUUAUUACUGCAUUUAAUACCAGGGUGGAGUAAAAUCGUGCAGGGUGCUUAUAGUUAUUCAGCCAUGGCUAAUUAUAAUCCCAAUGAAUACGCAUGGCAAACACAAAACAAUAGCCAAAGUUAUACAUUUGAUACUUCCAAUACUUUUUCUGAUCCAGUUCAAACAUUAGAUUUCCAGACAUUUCCUACAGAGCAACAAAAUUUCUCUUAUGAUCAGACCCAAGGCAAUAUACCUCCCAAUAAUAACCAAUAUUAUAAUCCAAAUUUAUUUACACCUGCGCCCAUAGCCGGCGAUGCUCCUGGAGAUACAACCGAGUUUGACGAACCACCAUUAUUGGAUGAGUUGGAGAUCUAUCCUGACCGAAUAUUGGAGAAAACCUUAGCUGUACUGAAUCCUUUCCAUGGGCAGUCCAAAGCUGAUGAUGCUAAUUUUCUUUUGCGAGACACAGAUAUUGCAGGACCUAUAGCAUUUUGUUUGGCAUUAGCAGUUUGUUUAUUCCUUUCAGGGAAUAAGGCCCAUUUUGGUUAUGUAUAUGGUCUCUCUGUAAUGUCAGUUAUAUUGAUGUACUUUUUGCUGUCUUUGAUGAGUCGUACAGAGGGUGUCUUCACUGUACUUAGUGUAGCUAGUGUUUUAGGGUACUGCAUGUUACCAAUGGUUGUUUUGGCAGGGUUAGGAAUCUUUGUUUCUUUAGAAGGAACUAUAGGAUUACUUAUAUCUGCCAUUGCAGUGGUUUGGUCAGCGCUAUCAGCAAGCAGGCUGUUUGUCACAAUGUCAGGAGAUGCAGAACAGAGACCACUAAUAGCAUAUCCUUGUGCACUGGUAAAUGGAGUAUUUGCCUUGUUAGUUUUGUUCUAAGAUUUCAGAAACACCUAAAGCCAAUAAGAUUCCAAUACUGUCUUACUGAAUGAGUCUACAUCGCUUUAGUAGGUCUUUUUACUUUUUACCACUGUUUGUUUGUAUAUCUUUCAUGAAAGGUUAGAUGUAAAGGGUCAUAUAUUUUGUAAAAACAAAACUUUGGGCCUGGUCUGGAUUUGAAAAAAAUCCAAUAAAAUAAACUCUUGAAAGUAACAAGUGAAGAUUGGGAUAGUGUGAUCUUUUGAAGGUUUUAUGCAUCAACUUAAAAAUGUUUGACCCUGGUCACUAACUAGUUAAGAAAAUAAUGAUAAAAUUGUUAUGUCUAUAUUCACUAUUUUGUAUUAUACCAUAAUUUAAUAAAAAUUCUGUUUGUAUGGAAUGUGUAAAUAAUAAAUAACUAUAUUUUAUUA